GCCGAACACAGCUACACGACCUCCGAAGCAGAGGAGACAGGAGGAGCAACCCACGAGACGAAGCAGAGGCGCUCCAAUCCAAUCUAAUCCAGCAUGAGGGCGUCGAUUAACCGGCCGCCGACGCCGAAUCAGGAGGAGGAUGAGGACGAGGAACGGAAGGAGGUUCCUCUUAGCGAAAUCAUCAACCUCAAGUUGGUAGAGAGUGGCGAGAAGGAGAGGCUGAUGGAGCUUCUCCGGGAGCGGCUAGUCGAGUGUGGCUGGAAGGAUGACAUGAAGGCUCUCUGCAGGGCCUAUGCAAGGAAGAAAGGGAGAAAUAAUGUAACAAUAGAUGAUCUUAUUCAUGUUAUUACUCCAAAAGGAAGAGCCGCGGUGCCUGGUCCAGUGAAGGCGGAGUUGCUGCAGCGCAUCCGAUCCUUUCUCAUGUCUUCCUCGCUUUGGUAGUUUAUUUUUAUACUGUUCAGAACUAGCGUGUAGGAAGGUCAAAUCACCGAUCUCGCAAGGGGUAAUGCAACAAAUCCAAGAAUAUGUAACGGAUCUGGUGAUCUCUAUGAUGCUGUAGACAUGUUUCUCGGUCAGGCAGAUUGUUGGGCCUGUUGUCUGGCUGUACCAUUACCGCGUUGUAUUCGUAAAUCUAACCUCCCAGCGUGUAAUACCACAUUGUGUUGUUGCUUCAAUGCCACUUGGCGAUCUUAAUUAGUACUCAUGUGUCAAAUGUCAAACCUUAUUGAGUGAUUGUGUUGUGAAGGCCCUAUAAUGUUGUCCA